AUGGUUUCUUGGGACAGCCUUGUUGGAAGCACUAAUUCUUCUAUUGAAUCAUCUACUUUAUUCUUCCUCACUGGGAUUCCUGGCUAUGAGAAUGUUCAUCACCUUAUUUCCAUCCCCUUUUGUGUUCUAUACUUGAUUGGAAUUGUGGGCAACUGUACAAUUCUGCAUGUCAUCCACACUGAUAAGAGUCUCCAUGAGCCCAUGUACUACUUCCUGUCCAUGCUGUCCAUCACUGACAUGGGCAUGUCUAUUUCUACCCUACCCACUGUGCUGAGAGUCUUUUGGCUUGAUGCUAGGGAGAUUGAGAUGAAUAUCUGUAUAUUCCAGAUGUAUUUUAUUCACACCUUUUCUCUGAUGGAGUCAGCUGUGCUCCUAGCCAUGGCAUUUGAUCGGUAUGUUGCCAUAUGUGAUCCCUUGAGAUAUUCCAGCAAACUCACUCCACAGCGCAUAAUCUACAUAGGGGUUCUCAUUAUAAUCAGAUGCUCUAUUGCCCCUCCUGUGAUUCUUGUUCGUAUUCCUACAUUUUCCUUUUGUCGUUCCCAUAAUCUCUCCCACUCUUUCUGUUUGCAUCAAGAUAUCAUUCGGUUAGCCUGCUCUGAUAUUUCCUUCAACAUUUUAUUUGGCUUGUUUGUUGUUGUAUUCUAUUUCGGUAUAGAUUCUCUAGGAAUCUUUGUAUCUUAUGCUUUUAUCCUUCGCUCAGUGCUAGGCAUUGCAUCUAAGGGAGGGAAGCUCAAAGCUCUUAAUACAUGUGCCUCCCACAUUUGUGCUGUGCUCAUUCUAUAUGUGCCAAUGAUAGGGCUUUCAUUAGUACAUCGCUAUGCAAAGCAUUCCUCCCCCAUCAUUCACAUAACAAUGGCCAAUAUUUACCUAUUAGUUCCACCAGUACUAAAUCCAAUUAUUUAUAGUGUUAAGACAAAGCAGAUCCACCAAGGAUUCUUAAAGAUAUUAUCAGUUAAAACUUUGGGGCUCACUCAUACUUAG